AUGACAUCCGUCCAAUACCAAUUGCCGGCAAAGGGUGGCCACUUUGCUCUGGUGCCGGUCCCCAUGGCGCCUGAUCUCGGCCCAAACGAGAUCUCCAUCCGCACCAAAGCGAUCGGCUUGAACGGGUUAGACUGGAAAAACCGCGCCUUUGGUAUCAUGAUCCAGGUCUGGCCUGCGGUAUUGGGUGUUGAUGCCUCUGGUAUCGUCCAGGCGGUCGGCAAUGAAGUUCAGGGCUUCCAGCCUGGUGACGAGGUCUUCAGCUUGGCUGGUAUAGAGCCCAAGGCCGGCGCCUUCCAGGAGAUAUUUACGGUUCCGGCACACUUUGUGGCCAAGAAACCCUCUUCUUUGACAUUUGAAGAAGCUGCAUCCCUUCCAAUUAUUUCUGUGACUGCCGCAGCCGCAAUCGCAGUGGGUUUGCAUCUUCCACUGCCCCACCUUGAUCCCACGGGCCAAAGCGAGCACCGUCUGGAAUCCAUUCUGGUCCUAGGCGGCAGUUCGGGCGUCGGUGCGGCGGCAAUUCAGUACUUACGCCUGGCCCUACCCAACGCUAGAAUUUUGACGACUAGCUCAGCGCAGCACCAUAAGCGUCUGCUCUCACUAGGCGCCACUAGAACCUUUGAAAGAACGGCAGAUAUUUCCGACAUCAAGGCUGCUACUCCUGGUGGCUCCGGCGUCGAUGCUAUCCUUGACUCUGUCGCUGCUGCGAGUCAACAGGCGGCUAUAUUUGAUGCACUCAGCCAUACUGGACCCAAGCUCUACUCCCAAGUCAUGACUGGCCAGAAUAUUACUCCUCCUAAGGGCGUCAAGGGUGUUGUACUUUUCGGUCGUCAGAUCUUUGGUACAAAGGGUGGAUUGGCUGUAAUUACUGGUCUAUCCCAGUUGAUAGAGAGUGGUAAAUUCCAGCUACCUACUAAGGUGGAAGUGGUGGGCAAGGGCUUCGACGCGAUUGGUCCAGGUUUGGACAGGCUGAUGAAAGGUUAUAUUAGUGGCAACAAAUUUGUAGUCAGCAUCUAG